CCCAGAUUUCUGCACAAGCUCAACGGUGGACAAUGAACAUUCAAUUUCAACGGUGGACAAGAUUGGACAGAGAGAGAACAAAGAAUAUGCUCAAAGAAAGGGAUGCAAUGCUGGGUUUGCAGAUGAAGGAGAUUGAAAACAAAGGUCAAAUCCAGAAGAUGGUUAGAUGGUUGAGAUUGAUGUUGAUUGGGUGUUCAGAUUGAAUCAACUCUAUUAUCGACCCAUUGUAAGCUCCAGUUUCUUUUACAUUUCAGUUUCAUUUCUUAGUUUCAUCUUUUGCUUAUGCCUCUUGGAUUUGAAACAAAGAUUUUCUUCAAUUCGGUCUCUCAGAGAAAAGGAGCAGCAAAAGAAGGCCACUGGUACACCAUCAAUUAAGAUUGAGAAUUUUGAGGAGAUGGAGGAAUCAGUAGGUGAGAGCACACCACAAGCUGAGUUCUGCUUCCAUCGAUAUCAAAAUUGUUACAGCAAGGGAUACUAUGAUUACCAAAUCUGUUUAAUUUCCCUCAAGAGUGCAGCACUUGAUGAUUUUUGAGAAAGAGAAUAGAAUAAUACCUCAUUAUGUUUAUGUCCCGGACUCCCGGUUCAUGAAAUUUGAAAUUGAAUGUUUAUUGUUCAAAGA